GAGCGUCGGCGGCCUGGAGGAGCACAUCCGAUGCCUCAAGGAGCUCGUCCUAUUCCCGCUCAUGUACAAGGAGCUGUACGCGCGGUUUCACAUGAAGCCCCCCAGGGGGGUGCUGUUCUACGGCCCCCCAGGCACUGGUAAAACGUUGGUGGCGGGGGCCUUGGCCAGCGAGUGCAGCCAAGGGGAAAGAAGGGUGAGCUUCUUCAGCCGCAAAGGCGCCGACUGCUACAGCAAAUACGUGGGCGAGUCCGAGCAGCGACUGCGUGCGCUGUUCGAGGAGGCGAGGAUCAUGCAGCCGUCUAUCAUCUUCUUCGACGAGAUGGACGGCCUGGCGCCGACGCGCUCCUCGCGGCACGACAUCGUCCACGCCAGCGUCGUGUCGACGCUGCUGGCCCUCAUGGACGGCCUGGACUCGGCGCACGACGUUAUCGUGAUAGGCGCCACCAACCGUAUCGACGCCAUUGACCCGGCGCUCCGCCGCCCCGGCCGCUUCGACAAGGAGCUCUUCUUCCCCCUGCCGUCGCACCAGGCCCGCGUCGACAUCCUCCGCGUCCACCUGCGCCACUGGCGUCGCAGGCCCCCCGACAGCCUGGUCCAGCAGCUGGCCGCGAACACGGUGGGCUACUGCGGCUCCGACCUGCAGGCGCUGUGCACCGAGGCCGUGCUGUGCGGCCUGCGCCGAGCCUACCCGGACAUCUACUCCUGCAACAACAAAGUCAAGAUAAACCUCUCCACCCUCAUGAUCGAGGAGCGGGACUUCCAGGCGGCGCGCGGGCGCCUGGUUGCCGCGUCGCAGCGGGUGCUCUGCUCGCCCGUGCAACGCCUGCCCCCGCAGGUCCGCCCCCUGCUGCAGGGCCAGCUUGACCGCGCCCAGGAGCAGCUGCGCCAGGCACAUCCCAGGGCCUUCUUGUUCCCUCAGCUGGCGAGCAGGCUGGGGGAGGUGGAGGCUGGCCGCUGCCCCGCGCUGCUCAUGGCGGGCGAGGCGCUGCACGGCCACACGCCGUACCUCGCGCCCGCCCUGCUGCACCACCUCGAGCACCUCCCCGUCACCGUCAUCGACAUCGCCAGCCUGUUCGAGCACUCGGCGCGCGCCACCGAGGAGGCCUGCAUCCACCGGAUGCGGCAGGCGCGCCAGCACCUGCCCGGCGUCCUCUAUCUGCCCGAUCUGACGUCCUGGUGGGACUUGGUCGACGAGGCGACGCGCGCCGUGUUCCUGACCCUCGCCGGCCGCCUGGACGGCAGCACGCCGCUGUUGCUGCUCGCCACCGCGCACACCCAGUACCGCGACCUGCCCAGCGGCCUGCGGCAGCUGUGGGGCGAGUCCCGCGGGGAGGUGUUUGUCACCGCGCCGCCCACCGCGGAGGAGCGCGAGGCCUACUUCAAGCCCCUGCUGCUCGGCAGGGCGCUCGCGCCGCCCCCGCCGCCCGCCCCCGCGUCUGCACCAGCCUCGUCCACCGGCGGGUCCGGUUCGUCGUCGUCCGGCCCCCCAAGACGUCAGCGAACGUCACCAGAUCGAGACGGCGGACUUUCUGACAACUCGUCCAGCUCGGUGCGUCUCAGCGAGUCGGACUCGGACCACCACCCGCAGGGCGUGGCCUUGGAUCAGGACGCCGACGACGAAAUGGACCCCAACGAGGAUGACACCGACGACGGGGUGGCCGACGUCCGCGAGGACGAUGACGGUGACCCCCUACGCGAAUGCGUCAGUCGCCUCCUUAGCAACAUGGCAGGCGGGGUGCACGGCGGGGGCGGGCCGUACUUCCUGCGCUCGCGCUCUCGGCGCGCUGGCAGCGGGGGCCGCUCGCGGUCCCGGUCCCGCGGGAGGACGAGCAGGCCGACCAGCGUGAGGACGGCGCGCUCCCGCGGCCUGAGGGCGGCCAGCAGGGGGUCGCACAGGUCGCGGUCGCGCUCUCGACGGGGUCGGUCCGAGAACUCCAGGGACAGGCCGUCGCCCUGCCAGGCAAACGACAGCAGACGUCCAGAAGAGGAAAACGCGGGGAAGCAGACCAGCGGUGAGGCCCGCCCCGAGGACGAGGAGGAGGUGGUGGACGGGGUGGAGCUGGAGGUGCACGUCGACCGCGCCGGCCUCGGCAACCUGCUCCGCCGCGUCGUCCGCGUGAUGGCCGACCGGCCCGUCCGCGCCCUGGAGAUGCUGCACGCCUCCCUCGCCGGCGUGGUGGCCAAGUACGCGAUGCUGACGGACCGGCGCGACCUCGUCCAGGCCCUGGACUCGGUGGUGGACGCGUACCAGCAGCAGAACCAGACCAGGUCCCCGAGCACCCCGAGCACGCCCUAGGACCGGGCUGCACACCGACCACCAAGCCCGCGUCCCCGUCUCCUCAGCCGGCCAAGUAUAGAACGACAUGCGAGAUAAAUAAACAGAAUAA